AAUAACAUCGCCAGUAGCGCGACUACCCACCGGCUGGAUCUACUCGUGGUAGUGUAACCUGUUGCCGUGGCAAAUCUCGAACGACGAAUGCAACAAAGUGCUAUGUAUAUAUAUAUGUAUGUUACUAAUGAUACAAUGUUCAUUCUCGAUUCAUCGCAUGUGUAAGUGCGCGCGUGUGCUUGUAUAUAUUCUGAUUUUUUCUGAGAAAAGAGAAACUUAUUUGGAGAAUGCUAAGUGAUCUUUUAGCGGGAUGUAUAUUUAAUCGACGAAAAUGGGACUGUUGCAUAAUACACUCAUCUUGAUUUAAUUAAAUUCUGAUCAAAAGGAGCGUCACGCGUUAAGUUGGUUCUUUUUAUCUCUCUCUCUCUCUCUCUCUCUCUCUCUCUAUCUCUCUUUCUCUCUCAUUCCUCUUGUAUUUCGCGAUAAUCUCGAUGAAUGAACAUAGAAAGUUUCAAAUGAAUCGCUAAUUAAAAGCGAACGAAUCACUAAUUUGGAUCAUGGAGCAUACAAUUGGUCGCGAAUUAAAGCUACAUUAUAGUUGUUAGGUGAAACAGAAAAGACUAACACCCCAAUUAUCGACGUUGUCAUGUCAGAAGUGAAGAUACGAGUGCCCUUGUUGCUAGACAGCGGAAUAGAAUAUCGUGAUAAAUUGCUAUGUCUUCCAAGAGCGUUUACGACUGGUACCGGACACUCUUGAACAUGUCCUAGCUACCAAGACAUCUGAAGGUCCCUUGGCAGAGAAUCGAAGUGAUAUGUGUUAAUUAUGUAUCGUUCAAAUUACAUGGAUAUUUUACGCAGACUGAACAUAACCGACGAGGACAUCGACUAUGCCUACGCUUUCGACAACCUGACCGAUUGUAGAUCUGGAGCCAGGGAUACGAUACAGCUGACUUGCUACUGCGACGGUGCGAUUCGCGAUCUGGCGAUACAGUACAAGAAUUAUCACGGUUACGCUGCUCUUUUCAUAUGCUCCUUCGGUACGCUCACCAACGUGCUCAACAUCAUCGUCCUCACGAGGAAGGACACAAAGGCUGCGUCCAUUAAUCGAAUUCUCACCGGCCUGGCCGUGGCGGACGUGUUGGUAAUGCUGGAGUACAUCCCGUUCGCGAUUUAUAAAUAUUUCGUAUUACCGGAACACAGGAUCUUCCCGUACGGAGGGGCCGCGUUCAUCCUGUUCCAUAUGCAUUUCACCCAGCUUUUUCAUACGAUCAGUAUCGCUCUCACUCUCACUUUAGCUGUUUGGAGGUAUAUCGCCAUCAGAUUUCCGAGUUACAAUUAUACUUGGUGUACCGAUAGACGUUGCACGAUCGCUCUUUCAUGCAGUUUUCUCGCUCCGUUUUUCACCUGCGCUCCUAGCUAUCUCGUGUUUGGAGUAAAAGCAAAAAGUGUUUACGAGAACGGUACUAAGGAGAUUUUAUACGUCGUGGAUACUGAUUGUUCCAUUAAUAAAGGAUUCCUGUGCGAAUUAAAUUUCUGGAUACUUAGUGUAGUUAUCAAGCUCUUGCCAUGCGUUAUUCUUACCGUCAUCAUUUGUUGGCUGAUAAAAGCCCUUUACAGGGCAAAAGGUAGGAAACAAACCUUAAAGAGCUACAACCAUUGCGCCGCGAGGACGGCGAAGCCGGCCUCGUCGUCGGGAAUCUCCGACGUUGAGACUUACGAUGGAUCAUUUGAGGUUAAAAGGGACGAGUCCUGCCCGCGGCGGAUGAGUAAAUCCGACAAACGAACGGACAGAACGACAAGGAUGCUCGUAGCGGUGCUGCUGUUGUUCCUCAUAACAGAGAUCCCGCAAGGCAUUCUGGGUUUACUAUCCGCAGCCCUGGGCGAUUGUUUCUUUCGUAGUUGUUACGACAAGUUUGGAGAAGUGAUGGAUAUUCUUGCGUUAAUAAAUGGUAGCAUUAACUUCAUUUUAUAUUGUUCCAUGUCGCGACAAUUUCGUAUGAUUUUCGGACAGUUGUUCAAACCUAGGAUUAUAACCAACUGGCCGACGAUGAAUCAGCAUCAAACCGAUAUGCAAAGCACGUAUGUUUAACAAAAUAAGAGAUUUUACGAAAAGUUACCUUCUGUUUCUUGAACAUAGAAUUUGGGUAUGCAAUCUAUUUAUAUAAUAAAUAUAUAUAUAAUUGUGUAUUAUAAUUAUUAAUAAAUAUACGACGUUAUAUGGUUAACACAAGGUUAAGAAAUGAUCUCAAAUCCAUCCGGAUAAAACAAAGAAUUUAAUUAGU